AUGGCUUUUGGCAGGAUCGGAGCGUCACUGCUGGCCUACUGCGAGAAAUCGAACGUUCACGGCUUGAAGUACGUCGUCGCCAAACAUCAUCACUGGUCCGAACGAUCGUUGUGGUGGCUGCUCUGCACGGCGAGCUGGUCGGCGGCUCUGGUGGCGCUCGCCAGCACGAUCGGUUUCUACGCCGACUCGACGCCGGUCGCCAUCACCGUCGACACGGCCGAUCGCGACUGGAUCACGCCGUAUCCGGCGAUCGGCAUCUGCAGCGCCUCCAGUCAAUCGGCCAAGGAUCGCGCGGCCUCGAUAAUCGAGCGGUCGGCCAACGGGACGCUCGCGGCCGGUAACGCCCGGGGCUUGUCGGAGCAGCUGUUCUUGCCGUCGAGGAUGGGCUACGUGAAGCAGCUCGAGCGCCUCGACUUACCGGCCGAACUUUACCUGGCCAUCAACGACAAAGUAAAGCCAAAGUGCGACGAAUCGUUGACGAGUUGCAAAUGGCUGGGCGUCGAGUUCGAUUGUUGCGCGGAGUUUUCCCAUCUGCAGACGAGCGUCGGCCACUGCCUACUGCUCAACUCGGUGCACGCCAGAUCGACUCUGGACUUCCGGGUCGACUCGAGAUCGUCGUCCGGGAUCGGCUCGAUCGGCCUCGAGAUCGGUAUCACGCACCAGUACGCCAAGUCCAAUCAGGAUUUUCGAGUGUAUCUUCUGAACAGCGUCGAGAUCCCGACGCUGAGAACAGCCGAGGAUCGAGUCCUGCGCAACGUCGGCCGCUCGGCGGGGGCCACGUCUGCCGUCCAGAUCGAUUUCAACGUCGUCGACCUGGUCAAUCUGGCGGGGGUCGAUCGCGUCUCGCCCGAGAAACGCAAGUGCCGAUUUACUCACGAAAAUGACGCAUUAGACGAUGAGCGGCGACGACAGCCCGUUUACGAGCUAUACAGUUACGACGGCUGCACCGUCGACAUGGAAAUCGAAGCGAUGUCGGCGGCGUGCGGCUGCGCCAGCUACGUCUAUCCGCGUAGCAAAAUCGCGGCCUGCAACAUGACCGGCAUGCGCUGCUGCGCCGAAUUGCGCCGGAAGUCGUCGUCGUCGUGGAGGAUGAUCGACGAGGCGAUCGGCUCGUGUCCGGCCGAUUGCCGUGCAGCCACGUACCAGUGGCGCGCCUAUCCGAUCGUCGACGACGACAACAACAGCAGCAAGAAGCAACCGAUUAACGGCAGCAUCUCCUUCGUCGGCUUGAGGUUGCGACUCUUGUCGUGGCCGAGGAUGCGUUACCAGCGCUACGUCGCGCGCAGCUCCUUCGAUAUUUUCGUUUUGAGCGGCAGCUCGAUCGGCCUCUUCACCGGGGCCAGUAUUUUGAGCUUCGUCGAGAUCGUCUAUCGAAUCGUCGCCGCCUUGUGCUAG